GACUCAUUGCAGGGCUUGCACACACACUUCUCUCAGCUGUCAUUGCCACAGUGAAUCUUUUCCUGUUGUAAUGACUUGCCGGCCCCUCCUCUAGUGCGAAGCAUCUGGAGCUCAACUCUUUGAACAAACAGUCUUUGCUGAAAUGUCAAUACGCUACUGGGACGCUUGCGGGGGUCAUCAUGGUUUCCAGGCAGUGCGUGACUUUGUUUCUCUGCUUUCCGCUCCUGAUUCCUCCUUCUCUGGAUGCAGUCUUUUUAAAGCCAGAAGAUGCAACCAGUGUUCUGCAAAGGCAAAGAAGAGCCAAUAGCUUCUUCGAAGAGAUAAAACUGGGGUCCCUAGAGCGCGAAUGCAUGGAAGAAAACUGUUCUUUUGAGGAAGCAAGAGAAAUUUACCACGACAAUGAAAGGACAGCAGAAUUCUGGCACGUCUAUUCUGACCCUAACCAGUGUGCCUCCAAUCCCUGUCAGAACGGUGGGAGUUGUGAUGAUCAAUUUCAGGAUUAUGUUUGCCGCUGUCCCGAGAAAUAUGAGGGCAAAAACUGUGAAAAAGCUAUAGCUGACCAACUGAAGUGCAUUUACAACAACGGUGGUUGUGAGCAGUACUGUACUGAUGGGCUGGCUGGCAAACGAGUGUGCUUCUGCGCAGAUGAUUACACUUUAGCGAAUGAUGGCGUGUCCUGCCUUCCCCGAGUGAAAUAUCCAUGUGGAAAAAUACCAGUGUUGGCAAAAAAAAAUGCAACUGCAGAAGGGAGAAUAGUAGGUGGUUUCGUCUGUCCUCCAGGUGAAUGUCCAUGGCAAGCCCUUAUAAUACAUAAUCAGAAAGAAAAGUGUGGAGGUACCUUGCUUUCCCCUGAGUGGGUGGUCACUGCAGCUCACUGUUUGGACCAUGUCCGUGAGACAGAGAUUCGGGUGAGGCUGGGUGAACACGCAAUACAUUUGGAUGAAAAACAUGAACAAGAAAGUGGAAUUACCAGGAUGAUCAUUCAUGAAGAAUACAAGAUCGGGCAAGUUAAUAAUGAUAUUGCCCUGCUGAGACUGGAAACAGCUAUGAACCUCACCGAUUACGUGGUACCAAUAUGCCUGCCUGAGAAACAGUUUGCGGUGUAUGAGCUGUCCUCCAUUAAGUUCUCCACGGUGAGCGGAUGGGGUCGCCUGUUAGAUGGAGGUGCUACUUCCUCUAUUCUGAUGAGAGUUGAUUUGCCACGUGUGAAGACCCAAGAAUGUGAAAAGGAGACUGAUUUAAAUAUUACCGAGAAUAUGUUCUGUGCAGGAGAUCUGAGCGGCACUAAAGACUCUUGCAAGGGUGACAGUGGCGGACCUCAUGCCACAAAGUACAAGGACACUUGGUUUCUAACUGGGAUUGUCAGCUGGGGGAAGGGUUGUGCUGUUAAAGGCAGCUAUGGAGUUUAUACAAGGGUAUCCAAAUACAUUAACUGGUUAAAGAACCACAUGGAUUAAUGAUAUUGAUUCUGAGC